AUGUCUACCGGAAACGAAGUGCUCUCCUGGACGUCGCAGGACCCGCGGACGAGCCAGCUCUUCGGCAGCUACGGCGUCCUCUACCGCUUUCAGACGGACACGAACAGCCAGGGGCAAAGCGUGACGACGCUCUGGCGCGCGAUCCGCGCGAACAAGGAGGACCGGGUGGCGAAGCUGGAGUGGGCGCCGAACGGAGGCCUCGGACGCGCCAUUAUCGGCAAGAGCACGCUCCCCAUGGCCGACCUCGUCCGCCCCGACGCCCGCGUCUUCAACGCCAGGAUAUUCAACGGCCCCGACGGCUACCAGUACCGCUGGCGCCCCGCCAACAACAGCUACAAUGACGUCGUCCUCCAGGACCAGAACGACAACGUGAUCGCCUUCUUCCGGCCCACACGCCCCCAGCGGUACAACAUCGGCGAGGUCCACGGCGAGCUGCACUUCGUCCGCAACGCAGGCGCCGGCGUCGUCAUGCACCCCCCGCUCAUGGACACCGUCACUGUCACCGCGAUGCUCUACCGCUUCGUGAUGGCUUUCGGUCUCUGA